AUGGCCAAGGAAGUAAGUGAAGAAACGCAAACUACCCAUGCAAAGGAUUAUGUUGAUCCACCACCUGCGCCACUGAUCGACAUGGCUGAAAUCAAGCUCUGGUCUUUCUACAGAGCUUUAAUAGCUGAGUUCAUAGCCACUCUCCUUUUCCUUUACAUAACUGUAGCCACUGUAAUUGGCUACAAGAAACAAACUGAUCCAUGUGGUGGAGUUGGUCUUUUGGGCAUUGCAUGGGCCUUUGGUGGCAUGAUCUUUAUCCUUGUUUACUGCACUGCCGGUAUAUCUGGUGGUCAUAUUAACCCAGCAGUGACCUUUGGGCUGUUUUUAGCAAGAAAGGUGUCACUAAUUCGAGCCUUGGCUUACAUGGUGGCUCAGUGUUUAGGUGCCAUCUGUGGUGUAGGGUUGGUCAAAGCUUUUAUGAAGAAUCCAUAUAAUCAUCUUGGUGGUGGUGCUAACUCUGUAAAUACCGGCUAUAGCAAAGGAACUGCUUUGGGUGCUGAGAUCAUCGGCACUUUUGUUCUAGUCUACACUGUUUUCUCUGCAACUGACCCCAAGAGAAGUGCACGUGACUCACACGUUCCUAUUUUGGCUCCACUUCCAAUUGGGUUUGCAGUUUUUAUGGUUCACUUGGCUACCAUACCCAUUACUGGUACUGGUAUUAACCCAGCGAGGAGCUUCGGUGCUGCUGUUAUUUACAACAAUGAUAAAGUCUGGGAUGAUCAUUGGAUUUUCUGGGUUGGACCGUUUGUUGGAGCAAUUGCAGCAGCUGCAUACCAUCAAUACAUACUGAGAGCAGCAGCUAUCAAAGCUUUGGGAUCUUUCCGCAGCAACCCCACCAACUAAAAUGAAAGAAAGAACGAAAGAAAGAAAAACAAGAAAAAAAAAAAAAAA